AUGUUGGCCAUUGCGUUUGUAUCAUUGGGAAGUUUAAUAAUCUGCUGCAAGUCUGAAGUGGUAAUAAAUGCCAUUGCAUUGGACGAUAUUUUAUCAGAAGAUUACAUGCCAACUACUCUAUUGAUGUUAGAAAAUCCAAAGAUUAUUAGCAAAUAUGAAAAUAGUACAGCUAGUGGUAAUAUUAAUAAAAACAUACUUGGAUUGGAUGGAUCUUUGGGAAAAGCUAUGGAAACGAUGGAUUUUCACAGGUCCAUGAUGAAUCAGUAUAUGUGCCGAAGUUUUAUAGCCGAACAAAUAGUAGCGAACAUGUCAACAUCAAGGGUAAAACGACGCAUGGGACAUGUUACAUCUGGUAUUGGUGAAUCGUCUAGCCCUCAAACUGAUAUUUCGAAGAACUUAAUAUACGACGAGGGAUCAUCUGGUUACCAAGACUGGUUAUCAAAGAGUGCAACUCUUGAAGACAUUUACCGUCACUAUGAUAAUCCUCAGGAUAGAAUAGAUGUAGUUGAAGAUGUUGAUGAUGGAAAUCCCGAAGAUUUUGAGGAAGGAUACAACGUAGAGGACAUUAACAAGCAGGAAACAAAGGCAGCUUUAAACCAUCGACACGAAGAAACAUAUUAUUCUGCAGGUGGCUACCCAGGUCCUUCAUAUUCGAAUAGUUACGGCCCGCCCAAUUACAGCCCUUCAAGUUACAGUCAACAAAAUUAUAAUCCACCGAAUUAUAAUCAACCUAGCUAUAAUCAACCUAGCUAUGGCCAACCUAGCUAUGGUCAACCUAGUUAUGGUUCUCCAGAUUAUCACCAGAACACGGGCGUGGGAGGAGGCUAUCCCCAACAUCAACCCGAGAAUCAUGGAUCUUAUGAGCCACAUUACCAAGAACCAGAAUAUCACAAUUCCCCAGCUCCAAAGUAUCACGUCUACAACUACUACUCGAAAGACAAAGAUCUGUCUGAUCUCUUCGAAAUUGCCUUGACAGGUUUAGCCUUUCUUGCUUUUAAAAUGUUUAUUGUACACGUUAUAAUGUGCAUAGCGACGACAACGACAACAAACACCACUACGACAACGGUAGCCAUGGCGAUGAGUAUGAGUCCUACAGCAACUGGAACAGGUAACGGUAUGGCAGAUAUUCCUGGCACAGGCGGUACUAGCACGGGAGGGGGAAUGACAAGCACAGGAGGUGGUAUGCCAUCUACCGGAGCUGAUAUGCCAGGUACGGGAGGCGGAAUGACAAGUACAGGAGGAGGUAUGACGAGCACGGGAGGUGGAAUGACCGGUGAUGGAGGUGAUACGCCAGGUACAGGUGGGGGUAUGACAAGUGAUGGUGGCGAUAUGCCUGGUACAGGGUCGGGCAUGACCAGCGAUGGGAGUGAUAUGCCUGGCACAGGAGGAGGUAUGACAAGUGAUGGUAGCGAUAUGCCUGGAACGGGAGGUGGUAUGACAGGUGGGGAUAUGCCUGGCACAGGCGACGGUAUGACAGACGAUGGUAUGACUGAUAUGGGAAUGACAGGUGGUGGCACUGGUACUGGUGAUGGUGGUGACGGUUCGACAGAUAUGGGUGGCACUGGAAGUGGUGCAACAGGAACUGGAAACGGUAUGGAUGGUGGUACAGGAGGAGAUUCCACAGGUACUGGUGGCACUGACGGAGGAACAGGUAUGGGUACUACAGGUAGCGAUUCCACAGGUACUGGAGGAAGUUCUGCUAUGGGCACAGGUAUGGAUAAUACUGCUGCAGAUGGAAGUGCAACUGGUGAUGGGAGUGAUACGUUGCAGUUCAGGUAUAAGAGGAAUCCAAUGCCUCACUUUCCUAAUCCAAAUAAUGAAAUCGUAAAUGAGUUGUCGAGAAAAAUUUUACUUACUAUUGAAAGCGCUUUAGUUGCACAUAAAGACGAUGGGGUUUGUUUAAGAAAAAUACUAUGCGAAAAUAAUAAAUGGUCAAGGGAUUUAGAAGGAAGGCACAAACUAUUUAUUCCUCUUUGGAGGUAA